CCGACGUCCAUCACCCAUAUAUACCUAAAUAUAUAUAUAUAUACCUAAGUAGGUGUAUAUCUCAGGGAUUCACCCCGACAGCCUCUUGUUACAAGUCAUUAUUAUACCCUACCUACAGUAAGGAAGGAAGGAAGUGAUGAAAAUAUCCAACUCACAAUCCACCAUAAGUAGGUAGAACAAAGCCUAGACAAAAAUAGAAACACAGGGGAUGAUGGAUGGAUGGAACCGGUAGUGGGGGUUUCGAAAUAACGGCGGCGUCGGGGAUCGCUAUUUUGAGCUUCCCCGCAGAGAUGCACCCAAACGGCCGAAACAUGCCAAAUUAUGCUUCGACGCCGUCAGUGUUAACUCACAUUGAAGCAUCGAUUAACCUUAACUUUAUAUUCUUGCACAGAAUCCUAGCCAUCGCGUCUCCUAUAUAGAGAUCCGUAUCCUGUAUCCGAGAUCUUCGGUGAUUGGGUUUUCGUCUUGUGUCUCCAGCUAUUCCGAGCUACCACUGACCCCUCCCCUGUCGAUCAUUUCUUCUCAACCACCGCCCGCCAUCCAACCAAGAUAGAGGGGUUCGUUUCGCACUGCUCUGCCGGCUCAAUUCAUCUCAACCCAGCCCAAUCUAUCCGAAUCCGGGUCGCAUGCGCCUCGGCUAUUGUUGACAUAAGAUCUUCACUCGCCUACAGUAGAUAGUCCAAUCCAAGAUGCCGGGCGCCACCCCUACCGCCGUCUCCGCACCGGGCAAGGUGUUCUUGGCUGGCGGCUACCUGGUGCUUGACCGAGAGUACACCGCCCUCGUCUUUGGCCUCAGCGCCCGCAUCAACGUCAUCGCUCGCGAGAUCAAGACGAGCCCUGGCGUCCAGCUAAGUGAGAUCGUCGUCGAUAGCCCUCAAUUCCAAGAAGCCUCGUGGCGCUAUGGCUACCACCUCGCCCCCGAGGACGGCGGCAUUAAAGUGACACAGCUCUUGAGCGGCGAAAACACCGACACCAACCCCUUCGUUGAGGUCACUUUGAGUUAUGCAUUGAGCUACAUCACGGGCAAGGCCUUCAGUCGGUCAUCGCACACUUUCAAUCCGGCGCAGUUCACUAUUCUAGCAGACAAUGACUACUACUCUCAACCCCAUUCUCUCACCGGCACAGAGAAGAAUCCCACUCGCUUCGCCAAGUUCCCGACAACACUGAGGGGUGCUAACAAGACCGGGCUCGGCUCAUCUGCCGCACUCGUCACAUCCUUGACCGCCGCUCUCUUGACGCAUUAUCUGCCCGAGUCCGAUUUCAACAUCACCAGUGAAGAGGGCAAGCGCACCCUGCACAACCUCGCUCAGGCAGCUCACUGUGCAGCCCAAGGUAAAGUCGGCUCGGGAUUCGACAUUGCGGCUGCUGUUUAUGGCAGUUGCCGGUACCGGCGAUUUUCCCCAUCCGUCCUCAAGAGCAUACCAGAAGCCGGUGCGCCGGGCUUCGCGCCCGCGCUGACUAAGCUCAUCGAUGGCUCAUCAUGGGAUAUGCACAUCACGAAAGAAGGAGUCAGUGUACCCCCUGGAACUGCCCUCCGCAUGUGCGACGUCGACUGCGGUAGCCAAACCGUCAGCAUGGUGAAGAAGGUUCUGCAAUGGCGCGAGUCCAACCCUGCGGACUCGAAAAAGCUGUGGGACGAAUUGCAGUCACGAAACGUGAGGCUCGGAUCUAUUCUUAGCGAGGGCAAACUCGACGACAUCCGAUCCGCCGUCGCAGAUAUCCGCGAGCUCAUCCGUUCCAUGGGAACCCAAAGCGGCGUUCCCAUCGAACCCGAUAGCCAGACGAGUCUUUUGGACGCCCUAAUGGGAGUCGAGGGCGUCUACAACGGCGUCGUUCCUGGCGCUGGCGGUUAUGACGCCGUGGCUCUGCUGAUGAAGGAUGACGAAGCGACUGAGAAGCGCGUGAAGGACUUCGUGGCUCAGUGGAGCAAGGAGAAAGGGGGUCAGGUCAGGUUGCUCGAUGUCAAGGGGGAGAUGGAAGGUGUAAGGAAAGAGAACAUUUCUGAAUACAAGGGGUGGAUUUCGUGACCGAGAGGGAAUCAGGAACGAAAUGUUGUAUAUGGAUAGAUCGUGAUAUCUACUUGUCAUUUGGUAUUCAACGUCAAUCUAAAGACUACGGCUAUUGGUGACUCGGUAAAAGGUUCGGCUCAAUAGUGAGUGAUAGGGGAAAUGUCGAACAGCAUUGGACUCCCAUCAGUAGACAGGCUUCAAGUUCAG